GAAUCGAAUUAGUGUAAUGCGAAAAGACCUGGCAUUUCGUGGAAUAAAUAUUGCUUUUUUUGUUUGUUUUAUGAAAUUUUGUGUAGUUUUCACUUUUGUGAAAAAUGUGAAAAUGAACAUUCUUAAAAGAUUUUCCAGUUCCCAUCAUUUUCAUUUUUGCUCGCUGAUUGCGAAACAUCUUCAUUGAUUCAGCAGUGAUGGCGGAGAGAGGUGCACAUUUAACAACAGCCGCUACAGCUGAAGAUAACAGACCAUCAAUUUUUGAGGUUUUAGCUCAGGACUCUCUGAUGGGUGCUGUCAAACCUGCAUUACAACAUGCUGUCAAGAUCCUCGCCACAUCUAACCCUGCUCGCUAUGGUGUUCUUUGGAGGAGGUUUGAUGAGAUUUAUGCCCUCCUAGAUUUGUUGUUGCAGCAUCAUUUUCUAUCCCGCACCAGCGCCUCGUUUUCAGAGAACUUCUAUGGUCUAAAGCGCGUAGGAACGGACAGCACACGUCCUGCGCACCUGGGGCUCCUCCGUAAGCAGCACUGGCGCUGUUUGCUCCUGCUGGCCCUCCUGCCUUACCUUCACAGAAAACUGGAAAAAGUUUUUGCUCGACAGAGAGAUGAGGACGAUUUCUCCAUCCGCUUGCCGCAGUCCUUCACGCAGAAGUUGUACAGGGCCUUUCUGGCCGCGUACCCUUAUGUGUGCAUGGCCUGGGAUGGUUGGGUGUUUUGCCAACAGCUUUUGUAUGUCUUCGGCAAGGCACGGACACAUUCACCACUUUUGUGGCUUGCGGGGGUUAAACUGUCAUAUCUAACAGCUCAUGACAUCCGCACCCUGGAUCUCAAGCCAUCAGGCCCGACAUUUAACCCCAGUCAAAGCAUUGCAGAAAAAUGUCAGCGUCUCAUCUCUACAGCAGUCGGUGGUGUUGCCGUAUCACUUUCAACCAGCCUCUCGAUUGGAGUAUUUUUUCUGCAGUUUCUAGAGUGGUGGUAUUCGUCAGAGAACCAAAGCACUAAGUCUUUGACCUCCCUCCCAACCCCUCCACCACCUCUCCACCUUCAUAGCGAGGAAACGUCACAAACACACAACAAAAUCUGCCCACUCUGCAGGAAAGUGCGCACCAACGACACUGCCCUUGCUACUUCAGGUUAUGUGUUUUGUUACAAGUGCAUAUACAUCUAUGUCAAAGCCAAUCAUAGAUGUCCCCUCACCGGCUACCCCUCCGAACUGCAACAUCUCAUUAAAAUAUACACACCUGAUGGAUAGACCCAUAGAUAUGUAUAAAGGCUAGAUGUCUUUCCUGCCCUGCUGGCCAAAUUUGGCGGCCAUCUUACCACAGGCAGCUCGCUCACUCGUAGCAUUGAGUUUUAAUGGUGCAGGUACUUUUAAAUGACCAUAACUUAAUUUUUUACUGAUUUCAAACGGUUUGGUUUGUUAUAAACGUCAAAGAUGUACCUAUGACACUGCAUACUUAUACAAAAAAAAAAUCAUAAAACAUGUUAAAGCAUCCAGAAUGAUAGCCACGUUAAUAACGUUUGUACGAAACCAAGCCGUUUAAAAAUUGGUAGAAAAUUGAGCAAGUUAUGGUCAUUUAAAAGUACCUGCACCAUUA